CGAAAUGGCUCAGUAUAAAGGUGCUGCCAGUGAGGCCGGGCGCGCCAUGCAAAUUCUUAAGCGGCGUGAACGUCAGCGCGAAGAGGUAGAGCUGAAAAAAGCGAAAAUCGAACAAGAGAUGAAAGUCACUAUGGACGACAAGUUUUCAUCUCAUUUCGAUGCGGUGGAGGCGCAAAUAAAGAGCGCGACGGUGGGCUUAGUCACGCUGGAUGAGAUGAAGGCGAAACAAGAAAAUGCGGUGAAGGAAAGGGAGAAGAGACUAGCACAGAAGGAGCUCGAGAAACAGGAAGAAAAGCAGAAGCACGAGAAAAGGAAGAGGGCCCAAAAAGAGAAGCAGAAGAAGGCCAUUCAAGCUCUGUCAUUCAGCAUGGAUGACCUCGACGGGGAAAGCCAAGACGAUAACGGCAGCGAUUCGGAUACAGCCGAGACCGAAGCGGUCGACUGCGGCGAGAAGACCGCUUCACCCCACGAAAGGAAAAUGAAAAAAAAUCCUGACGUCGACACGUCGUUUCUCCCAGAUCGAGAGAGGGAGGAGGAAGAACGUCGAAUACGCGAAGAAUUGCGACAGGAAUGGACCGAUAAGCAGCGCAAGCUGAAGGAGGAAGCAAUCCAGAUAACAUUCAGCUAUUGGGACGGUUCGGGGCACCGACGAGUGGUCGAAAUGAAGAAAGGCAACUCGAUUUACCAGUUUUUGCAACGAUGUCUUGAAACACUCCGGAAAGAUUUCCAUGAACUACGGGUAGUUUCCGCGGAUCAACUGAUGUAUGUCAAAGAAGACCUGAUCAUACAACAUCACUACACAUUCUACGACUUCAUCGUAACAAAAGCCCGAGGGAAAUCCGGUCCGUUAUUCUCAUUCGACGCUCAUGAAGACGUCCGCAUGACAUCAGAUGCAUCGAAAGAGAAGGAGGAGAGCCAUGCGGGGAAAGUUCUGCUUAGAAGCUGGUACGAGAGGAACAAACACAUUUUUCCUGCAUCUCGAUGGGAGCCGUACGAUCCGACGAAGUGUUACGACCGCUACACGGUCAAAGACAAGAAGCCUUGAAAGAACGCCCCGAGCUGACGAUUCCCCCUCCGAAUCCCUUGAGCAGAGGCUCUUCAUGUGUACAAUUCCUGCUUAUCAUGCCCACGGCCUUCU